AUGAAUGGGUUAAAGAGAAACGCUCAAUUGUUUGUAAUCCUAUUUCUUGUGCUUCCAAUUCUGGUUGUGUCAGAAGAAUGUGAUCAAGGAGACGAAGGACGUGACAAAGCAAAAGCUUUGAGGUACAAAGUAGCAGCUUUAGCAUCAAUUCUAGCUGCAGGUGCAGUUGGGGUGUGUAUUCCACUGUUGGGUAAAGUUGUACCCGCUUUGAGUCCUGAGAAGGACAUUUUCUUUGUUGUUAAAGCUUUUGCUGCGGGAGUGAUAUUGGCGACAGGGUUCAUUCAUGUGCUCCCUGAUGCUUUUGAGAAUCUGACUUCACCGUGUUUGAGUGAGCAUCCAUGGGGUGACUUUCCCUUCACUGGGUUUGUGGCUAUGUGCACUGCCAUGGGAACCCUUAUGGUUGAUACUUAUGCUACUGCUUAUUUUCAAAAGCAGCACUUCAAGAAUGCUCAGGUUGAGGCUACCGAUGCAGAGAAACAAGCGUCAGAGCAUGAAGGGCAUGUGCACCUUCACACACAUGCAACACAUGGUCAUGCCCACGGCCAAAUGUCCUCUCAUUCCUCAAAGCUUCUUCGCCAUCGGGUCAUAUCACAAGUAUUGGAGUUAGGGAUCGUUGUUCAUUCUGUCAUCAUUGGAAUAUCUUUGGGAGCUUCAGAGAGUCCCAAAACAAUAAGGCCACUGGUAGCUGCUUUGACUUUUCAUCAAUUUUUCGAGGGCAUGGGACUUGGAAGUUGCAUAACUCAGGCAAGAUUUAAGAGGGUGUCUGUCACAAUUAUGGGGUUGUUUUUUGCGUUAACUACUCCUGUGGGGAUUGGAAUUGGCAUAGGAAUCACUGAUACUUAUGAUGAAAACAGUCCCACUGCGCUUAUUGUGGAAGGAAUCUUCAAUGCAGCAUCAUCUGGAAUUUUAAUUUAUAUGGCACUUGUUGAUCUUCUUGCAGCUGAUUUUAUGAGUACAAAGAUGCAAAAUAGUGGUAGGCUUCAAUUAGGAUGCAAUGUAUCUCUCCUUCUGGGAGCUGGUUUUAUGUCACUUAUAGCCAAAUGGGCUUAG